AUGUUGUUUGCUGAAAAAACUGUUUCAUCAGAUGUUGCUUUUGGCACAACAGUACAGAAUCGACCGACAUUUCCUACCGAUAUAGCACAUGAUUGCUUUGGGAAUCAUCAAACACCAUUACGCGGUGUGCCACAGCUUGGGCCGGGCUCCUACAAUAAUGAAGACAAGAGUACAUUUCGAUAUGUUCUUGAUCAUCAACCGAUGAGUCGUCGUGGCUAUACUUUCAAUGCACGAACAGAAGAACGGAAAACCUUCGAGCCAAAAACUGAUGUACCAAGUCCGGAUGCAUAUCAAAUGGAUCUAACUCAUUUACCAGAUAAAAAACGGUCGUUUAAACCUUUUAAUGCCGCUUCUCAACGGUUUCAUACACGUUGCAAAAGUGCUGGUGCUCCAGGACCCGGUAGUUAUGAAUGUGAUGUGAAACAAAAUCGUCAAGUUCACAUGCUGCAUAACUUUGGUGGUCGAACAAAACUUGUGCCUCUUGUGAAAACAAAAUGUAUGUCUUUCAACACCGAUAAGUGCCUUAUUUGCCUUCAAACACCUGUUGGAGAUUACUAUCAAUAUCGAAAAGAAAUUCUUUGUGCUACUUGUUACAAUUUUAACUGGCAAUGGCAAGAAAAAUUCAAACGAACAUAUCUUCAAGCCUUUCAAAAAGUUCGUGAUUGUUCUUACGUUCAUGAACAUGCUGGUACUUCAGCUAAAAUCCAACUCGUUGAUGAUAAAGUGACAAAAAAACUUCAACGUAAAGAAGCUUAUCUCAGUCUCUAUUGGCCUUAA